AUGAUAGUUUCAUGGGUAACUUUUUAUGAUUAUUCAGUUUCUCAUAGAAAACCAAUAGUUAAAUAUGGAACAUCUAGUAGUUGUAUGAGUAAAAUAAGUUUUGGUAGAAGUAAAAGUUUAAUUGAAAAUAAUAACUCAUCAAUUGUACGAUAUUAUCAUACAGUUUAUUUAAAAAAUUUAAAUUAUAAUAAAAAAUAUUAUUACAAAGUUGGUGAUGGUAGAAAAUGGAGUAAAAAAUUUUAUUUUAAAACAUUUCCAGGAGGAUCUAAUUUUGAUAUGAAAUUAUGUGUUUUUGGUGAUAUGGAUACAGGAAAGAUGGCAACAAUAAAGAAGGUAACAAAAGCUGUCAAAAAAGGAGAAUGCCAAUUGAUUAUUCAUCUAGGUGAUAUAGCUUAUCAAUUACAAAAAAAUGAUGGUUUAAUUGGAGAUGAUUUUAUGAGAAAAAUUGAACCAAUUGCAGCAUAUGCACCUUAUAUGGUUAUUGUUGGAAAUCAUGAAUUUGAUUGUACUGGAUUUACUCAUUAUAAUUAUAGAUUUAUAAUGCCAUUAGAUAAUGAUAAUAUAGAUAAAACUGAUCAUUUUUAUUCAUUUAAUCUUGGAUUUGUUAAUUUUGUUGGACUUUCUUCUGAAGUUUAUGGUUUUUAUAAAAUGUAUGGAAUAGAUCCUAUUAAAAGGCAAGCAGCAUGGCUUCACAGAACAUUAAAAAAUAUUCAAACAAAAAGAUAUAAUAGACCAUGGAUAAUAUCAUACUUUCAUAGACCAUUAUAUUGUUGGUAUAAAUUCUCUAAAGAUGAAUGUAAUGAAUAUGAAUCUACAACAUUAAAAAGUGGUACUAAAUAUAUACCAGGAUUAGAAAAAUAUUUGUAUGAUUAUAGUGUUGAUUUAGUACUCAAUGGACAUGAACAUGGUUAUCAAAGAAUGUAUCCUGUGUAUAAUCGAACAGUCUACAAAUAUGAUAAUGAUAUAUAUUAUAAUACACCUGCUCCUACUUAUGUAACAUCUGGUGUUGCAGGAUGUGUAAGAUGUACUCCAGUAGUAAUAAAUAAAACUAUGAUAUCACCAUUUUCAGCUAAAUUAUCUGUUAAAAUUGGUUAUACACAAAUUCAUGUAAUGAAUAAAACACAUAUGAAAUUAACCCAAAUUAGUGCUGAGGACGAUAAAAUAGAAGAUAAAUUUUGGAUUAUUAAAAAUCAUAAUUUGAAUAUGCAAAAAUUAAAAAAGAAAAAUAAAGGUAAAUAUUAUCCUUAUAAUGGUAAAACAAUAUAUCCAUAUUUACAAACUUCAUCAUUUAUCCAGAAAUGUUUAAAUUUUUAUAAUGCUUCAAAAUUAAAAUAA